AUGUCAUCGUUAUCUUACCUCAACCCCCUCCACCGCUCCGUUUCCCCUUUUCAAUCUUCGAACUACUCUGCUCUGGGCACGGCUGUUUCCGUUUCGUGCAAACAGCCCACAUUCGAGUCCAGAAAUGCAUGGCAGCGCGAGAUGGUUCCUCAAACCACCUUCGUCCCUUCAUUGAGAUCAAAGCACGGCCAAGAAAAGCCAGGUCCUCUUUGCCGUCCUAUAACCUUCAACUUCAUUGGUCUACCUAACCACGGAAUGCCAAUCCGGGAGAUGUGUGCGAGAGGACCACAUGCACUGCAAUAUAUGAUGCAGGGGGCGAAUGAUUUAGUUUUGGCGGGCUUGGAGACGGAGAAGAUUACUUUCCAUAUCCGCUGGCCCGGAUAUGAACAUAUCGAGUGGAUUAGAAGUAUCGAGGUUAUGACACCCCACGGACCUAUGACUCGGUCCCAGCUGGCGGUAAUUGUUGCUCAGAAUUUUGCCAGAUUUAUCGAGAAAUCUCAGUACGAAGCCACAACCGAUAUCAAGUGGCGUCUGGGACCUGGUGGUGUCCAAUUUGAACAUAUUCUUCUGGUUUCGAUGUAUAACGUCUUCGAGUGUGUGUGGCAGGCGGAAGUUGUGGUUGAUUUUCGGUAG